AUGUUCCUCACGCUCUUUGCCGUCACUCUCCUGGCCGCAAGCCAGACGUUGGUCAACGCUGCGCCGGCGCUCGAAAUCCAAACCAAAUUUAUUGUCACACCUUUCGACUUGAUUCAAAUGGGUGCCCGUUCCGAUUGCACCACGACCGAUGAAUGCCGAAACGCUACUCAAGCUGCUCCUUUCGUUAACUCGGCGCUUCGAAAGUAUCGGAUUGUCUCCACGGGAGAAAGAGCUGCUUUGCUGAGCUUGAUUAUCUUCGAGUCGGUUGGCUUCGCUUUUGAUAUCAACCACUCGGAGAACAACCCAGGGCAAGGCACACGCAACCAGAUGAACUUUCCGUUCAUUCUCGAGUACGCACUGGAUACUCCACGAGUUGCAAAAGAGGCACAAGCUCUUCUGGGUCCAUAUAUUGACAAUCCUAGCGCAAUCCCUUCUGCCACCAAGAAUGCUAUCAGGGAACUCGUUCUCGCUGACGACUUGAGCUUCGCAAGCGCAAUGUGGUUCUACACGCGUCGUGGACCUAAACAAACAGGGUGCCUCGAGAUUCCCGGUAUGGUGGAGGGCUUACAGGACGAAUCUGUUUCUGGGUGGCAGAACUAUCUCACGCAAUGUAUCGGUACAACAGUGACGGAACCGCGUCGGAGGCUGUGGCAGCAAGCUUUGACCGUCUUGAAACCAGCGAUCGCAAGUACUUAG